CUACUACUACUACUACUACUACCACUACUACUACUACUACUACUACCGCCCACCUCCUCCUCUUUGCACCAGGCGCACCUCAUCAGAUUCCACAAUUAUACGGACAAGCAAAUUCUGGACUAUCUAUUGGAUCCCGUUCGGUAUGACCACAGAAUAAGACCCGAAGAGAAGACGCUAGUGAACGUGAGUGUCUUGCUGCUGACACUGUCCUCCCCAGACGAGUCGAGCCUGAAGUACGAGAUCGAGUUCCUACUGCACCAGAAGUGGGAGGACAGGCGGCUUCGGUUCCUGGACGACGUGGCCACUCCUAUGGGUCACCUGAACGGGCUGCUCCACGAGUCGCGCGUCUGGAAGCCCGACAUCUACUUUCUCAAGCACGGGGAGUUCAAGUCUCCGCUCACGCCCAUCCACAUGAGCCUCAGGCUAUACCCGAACGGCACCGUCAUCUACACGCUCAGGAGGCACAUGACCCUGGUGUGUCAGGGCAAUCUCAAGAUUUUUCCCUUUGACAAUCCAAAAUGCCCUUUCGCCGUUGAAAGCAUGUCAUACGAGGAGAGCCAGCUGAAGAUCGACUGGACAGACCCGUCCAUCAGCACGGCCACCUCGCUGCGCGCACACAAUGCCUACCUGGCCAAGAACGAGACCGGCUACUGCGACACCAGGCACACCUGGAGAGGUAACUACAGCUGCCUCCGAGUGCUGCUGGUCUUCACGAGGGACAAGUCCUUCUACAUCAGCACCGUGUUUGUACCGGGCAUCGUGCUGGUCACGAGCUCCUUCAUCAGCUUCUGGUUGGACAUUAACGCCGUGCCGGCCCGUGUCAUGAUCGGCGUCACAACCAUGCUCAACUUUUGCACCACCACCAAUAGCUUCCGUUCGAACCUUCCCGUGGUGUCCAACCUGACCGCCAUGAACCUGUGGGACGGCGUCUGCAUGUUCUUCAUCUACGCGUCCAUGCUGGAGUUCAUCAUCGUCAACUACCUGUACCGCAACCUGGGCAGAAGACAGCACCCCCACCACGGUGCCGGCGCCGGAGGCCACCCGAGCAGUCGACCUUCGUCAUCUGCCGGCGGCGCGGUGGCGGCCGCUGAGGCCCCGGGGGUCCGGGCCCCGCUCCUGCAGGCACCCAGGAGCCGGGCGCAGGACUUCGAGAUGAUGAAAAAGCAGCAGAGCAGUAACCACAAGGCGAGCUCAGGAGGCCUGCAGGAGCCGGCUGCAGCGCACGACGUGAACAGUCUUGUGCGUCCGCUCUCUGCUUCGGCGGGCCUGGCCGGGUUAGGCACCACAGCGGGGUCGGCACCCACGCCCACGGAUGCAGCGGGCAUCGACCUCAGCACGGGAGAGCCGGCCGCCAUGACGGGGAACGGGGCCGGGCCCAGGACUGAGAGACUCCGGGCCGUAGCCUCGGUGUUCGCCUGGCUCCGACGGCCCCAACUCUUCCCAACCGAAUUGCCGCCCAAGCCGCGUAUUGCAAAAGCUAUUGACUACUUCUCACGAACCGUGUUCCCGGUACUGUUCGGCGUCUUCACGUUCGGGUUCUUCCUGGCCUACGCCGCCAUCGGGCCUUUGGCAGAGGAGAACUGGAAGCUCAUCGAGUACUAG